AACAAGGGAAUAUUCAAUUCCGUUUCACCGGUAGCAACCCUUGGUCCAUUAAACUACAGGCUCGAAAUUCCAAGUAAGUCACAAUGAUGUUGUAAGAGGGGAACCACACCCACAGUUACUAAUCUUUCCGUAAGUGCUUUUUAAGUUAAACACAAAACAGGGGCUCAGUUAAUGGUUCCUGGCUUGCCCGUGCUCCACCUCCCUUUGUGAGAUAAUUGUUUUAAAUGUCCCUAUAUUUCAGGUGGCGAAAACGCCCGUACUAAAAGACAAAUUGACUGAUAAGCAGUGAGACUAAAAUAGAGUAAUUUACGUUACGUGCAUCUUAACUCAGCAUUGCAGCUAUUUUGUAGACUUGUCAGUUCCCCACGCUCACUGCUCAUCCGAAAAAUCUCACUUUUAGUAAAACACGGUAUGGAUGUCGACAUGGCAAUCUGGUAAAGCACCCUGGGUGUGACACAGUGUGAUCCCCUGUCCCUUUUGAAAACUCCUAACCACGCCCCUGCAAAAAUCUAAGGGAGAAAAAAAGUAAUGCACUCAAAAUAACCAUAUACAAAAUCUAAGUUAAUACCAAGAGCCCCGUUAGUUCCAUAUUUUCGAGCAGAUAGUCGCUUCAGUGUUGAACAUCUUGCAAGAAAACAGCUUCGGCGAAAAGGUUCCUCUUAUGAUAUAAUGUCAUGUUUUAAUUUGUCUUGCUCCAAUGGACUCAACUGUUUCCUUUCUCAAAAGGGUGGUGACGGUGGGCAUGGAGAUCGAGCACAACAACAAAUGGGUUUGUAUGGAGAAGACGGAUGACAAUUACUUUUCCAUUAACGGACUGGGAGAGAUUAAGUUCCCAAAAAGAUUUCGAUUAACAAGCAUCAGUGGAGAGCAACUAGUAAGUACAGUGCCUGGCAUUGCCAACAAUGAGAACAUCGCCACAGGCAUUCAAUACUCCGAUUUCAAUCCAGGUGAGAAAUCUAACUAUUAUAAUCAGUAAAUAUCGGCAAAUGGGUGAAUAGACCAAAUCCAGCACAGCCUGAGAAAACAGCCGCCACUGGUUUACUCGCGCCACGACGUCUGAGGAACGACUUCAGGAAUUCCACUGAUGUCGUGUUAUGGCCAGAUAUUGGUGGUCCUUCUGAUUGCUCGUAAUGCAGAAGAAAUUUGCUUUGUAACCAAUCAGAAGCACUAACCAGACCUAGUAUGGAAUUUCUGCCGUAGUUCCAAAAACGUCAUUUCGCGGGGAAACCAGUGGUGACGUUGCAAAAUAUAAGCCGUUUUCUCAGGGUAAAAAUCCCAUUGCCAAGUAUUAUUUUUACUUAGUUCAUUCUUUCGUAGCCGUAGAUGAUAUUCUAGAUAAGCUUAGACACCCAAGCAUAGCUCUACGUAGACUUACACCGGCGGCUAUGCACAACCUCGUCCCUAGGGCUAGCCCUAGGGACGAGGUUGGGCCAUACAUAACUAUGAUACCCAGUCUUUACUUACUCUGGUUUCAAGGGAGCUAUAUAUAUCGAUUUGAAGUUACUCUAACCUAAAGUAGAGAAUUCCAAGUGCAAAAAAAAAAACUAUAUAGACUGAUAGAUGGAAAAGAAGAAUAUCGGGCGAGUUCGUCAGCCUUCCUCAAAGUCAGGAUUAUUUUUUAAGAUGAUGUGUUUUGCUAUCCUAAGGUUACAACAUAAUCAGGCGAGAAAAAGCGAAAAUAUGCUAGGAAAACAUGUAUGUCGACCCCUAAUACGUAAAUUUAGCUCAGCCUAACUGCGGAGCUCCCGGCCCUGUUAAACUCUAAUCAUUUAGUCAUUGCCAUAUUUGGAGAGCAGGCACAGUAACAACAGACCGCAGCCUUUAGGUUAUCGUAAGACUAUCACCAGAGAAUAAAAGUCUCUGACAUAGCUUAAGACAGGGAACCAAAUAAAAAAGUUUUCAACUGUUCGAUAAGCGGAUAACUUGAGAAAUUACGUAAACUUGAUGAGUAGGGUCAUGUGAUAUAGGUAAGCGGAUACAUCUUUUGACCACGGUCAAUUGAUAUGAAUAUAGAUUAAGAAUUAUUUAAACUACUCUUACUACAAAAAGAACAAUAGCAUCUUAUUCUCAUUCUAAUUAACAUUGCUUCCUUAUGUCUCUGGGCAGAUGAAUGAUCAACGGCUCCCAGCUCCUCAUUAUCACUAACAAUUUUUCCUCGAGCCCGAAUGGCCUGAGUCAAUAGUACAUGACGCCGAAGGCCGAAUGGGCUAUUGGCUCAGACGCCAUGAGGGCGAGAGGAAUAAUUGUUUUGGUAAAAUUCAACUAGUUGGUCAAAAACAUCGAGACAAAGCACCUUUAGCCACAGUUAAAGCUAGACUUUAAUCAUUUUUUGCCGCCAAAAAGCCGGCGCUUUUCGCUGCUAGUGGGCUAUAACAUAUAGCCUAGUAGUAGCUCAACCAAUCAAAACGCUGCGUUCGUAAUAAACCACUAGCUGGAUUUUACUAAUAUCUAGUUUGCCGCAAUAGUGGGAACUAUUUUUCAUAUAUUAUUGUUUUUUUUUUCUUUUGUCUUUUACGGCAGUUUUUUGUUGAAUUUGCACCUGCGGUUGGAAAGUGAUUGAACAUUUCUUCUCUCGUUUGCAGACAGUAAUCCUGAAAACAUUAAAUGCUUUGGACAAGCAGGGAAAACGGAACAACGUGAGUACCUUGUACAAAUCAUGUUUGUUAGAAUCAAUAAGAUUAGGCCAUGAGGGUAAUUUGUCUUGCAAUAACCUACAUCCUUUUAAUCCCUUAAACCCUAAUAGCAAAAUUCAAAUUCUCAUUUGUUUUCUCUAUAUGUUUUCAAUAGAAGCAGUGGGCAGAAUUUGUUGAAGUAUCAAUUAGAUUCAUCUUGUGUGAUCAGGCCCUCGAUUCUCAUGUUCAUGUUUUAUAAAGCAGUGAUAUUACAACGAGAAAUUUGGCGCUGAUCAGUCUUAGGGCUUAAAGGGUUAAUCUUCUCAUUUUAGUUUAUUCACUACUAACACUAGUUUACCGUCAUUUACUGCCGCGAAAUGUAACUUAUUUUUGUUUACCUUAACAUUUGUCAUAGCAAUUGGUCCCAAUACUGGCCCAAGUCCCACGGCAGGAACUAAUCCUGAGCCAUCAUCAGUUGGUACCGUAAAGCCAUCUGGCAGUCCAGCUCCACCCAGUCCAGCUCCACCCAGUCCAGCCCCGUCUACCCUCCCUCCUUCCCAACCGGCGGGAGGUAGGUUUGUUCCAUUCUAAAUUCAAAAGGACCCCUUUAGUUCGGCUUCUUUGUUGCUCUACUUGAUUAAUUUUUAAAAGGAAAAUUGUCUUGAGAAUGUAGAGCCGAUUAAAGAAAUAUAUACGGGUACAUAUAUAAUCGGCUCAUGCAGCACCGCAUUCACCUUAUAUAGGGAAACUAACAGUAACACAGACUAAAAAGGUCGGUCUAGUCUUUUUCGUGGCUUGCUUGCUGUUAAGACAUCAGUCAAUACUGACUUUCAUUUAGGUGUACGUGCAAGUCAAUACAUAUUUUACAAUAACUGAGCGAAUCCUCGCGCUGAUUGGUCGAAGGCUAUGGUCUAUGAGAGUAGAGACCAUGGAAAUGUCGUAACAUGUCACGCACUACCGGUGAUUUUGGUUUUUCGUAAAAAUAAUUUUACCCCUCAACAUGGACAAAGAACCAAAUAUUAACAUAUGGAAAGAAAUUUCUGUGAAUGAGUUGGUGCUUGACGCUUCAAAGGUAGAGCAAAAAUACGAAAAACAACAAGAAAAGUCGUCAAAACUUUGCAGUGAAACCACUCGCCUGCGGCUGGUGGUUCUACUUGAGUUUUGAGCAUUUUAUGACGUCAUUUCUAUGGUGUACAACAUGAAAAAUUGUGGUCGAUUUGUUAAAUAUAUUGUUUCGGAAUAUUUCAUUUCAGAGGACAAGAACUUUUGCAAAGGGAAAGCCACAGGGCUUUACGCUGAUCCAAAGGACUGUGGAAGCUUCUACCAAUGUGCAAACGGGAUAACAUACUGGAAGCAUUGUCCUAAAGGACUUCACUUUAACCCUAAAAUCCAAGUCUGUGAUUACCCACAAAGUGCAAAUUGCAAAAUUGAGGUAGUGUAAGACAAAGCCGACC